UGUUCACCCUCUUCUCUCUCUCGCUCGUAGUUUCGCUGCCGCGCUUCUUCGCCAUGUCGUCGGAAGCGGAGGCCCCGCCGCUGGAGCAGCCCAAGGCCAGCAAGAAGGCCGCCGCCAAGAAGGGGGAGGCCAAGCUGGAGAAGCUCCGCCGCCGCCAGGAGGCCUCGUCCGCCGUCGCGGCGGCGGCGCCGGCGCCGGAGGAGGCGGAUCCCCUGGCGGACAAGUACGGGGAGGUGCCGCUGCCGGAGCUGCAGUCGAAGGAGGAGGUGCAGGAGCCGUACACGCAGGUCGGGGCGCUGGCGGGGGAGAUGGAAGGGAGGACCGUGGUGGUGAGGGGGAGGGCCCAGACGAUAAGGGCGGUGGGGAAGAAGAUGGCCUUCGUGGUGGUGCGGGAGAAGGGAUUCACGGUGCAGUGCGUGGUGACGGAGAAGGAGGGACUGGUCAGCAGGCAGAUGGUGAAGUUCGUCGCCUCCCUGAACCGCGAGUCCAUCGUCGACGUCCACGGCUCCCUCACCGUGCCGUCGUCCCCCAUCAAGGGGGCUUCCCAGCAGGUGGAGAUUCAGGUCAGCAGGAUCUACUGCGUCAACAAGGCCUUGCCCACUCUCCCCAUCAACCUCGAGGACGCCGCUCGCAGCGAAGCCGAAAUCGAGAAGGCUCUUCAGGCCGGAGAGCAGCUCGUUCGUGUCAAUCAGGACACGAGGUUGAAUUUCAGGGUCCUCGACAUACGCACGCCUGCUAAUCAAGGGAUCUUUCGAAUCCAGAGUCAAGUUAGCAAUAUUUUUAGCCAGUUCUUGUUAUCUGAAGACUUUAUUGAAAUCCAUACGCCGAAACUGAUAGCUGGAUCCAGUGAAGGAGGUUCUGCUGUUUUUAAACUGGACUAUAAAGGGCGCCCCGCAUGCCUGGCGCAGUCACCUCAGCUUCAUAAGCAAAUGGCCAUUUGUGGUGACUUUGGGCGUGUUUUUGAGAUUGGCCCUGUUUUCAGGGCAGAAGACUCCUUCACACAUAGGCAUUUGUGUGAAUUUACUGGCCUUGAUGUUGAAAUGGAGAUUAAGAAGCACUAUUGUGAGGUAAUGGACAUUGUGGACAAGUUGUUCGUUACAAUGUUUGACUCGUUGAAUGCAAGUUGCAAGAAAGAACUUGAAGCUAUUGGAAGACAAUACCCCUUUGAACCUUUGAAGUACUUGAGAAAGACCUUGCGGCUUAACUUUCAAGAAGGUGUUCAAAUGCUCAAGGAUGCUGGCAUUGAGAUUGAUCCUUUUGGUGACUUGAACACCGAAGUAGAGAGAAAAUUGGGACAGCUGGUUCUAGAGAAGUAUGGCACCGAGUUCUAUAUACUUCACCGCUAUCCUUUGGCUGUUAGGCCAUUCUACACCAUGCCAUGCUAUGAUGAUCCUGCCUACAGUAAUUCAUUUGAUGUUUUUAUUAGAGGCGAGGAGAUUAUAUCAGGAGCUCAGCGUGUCCAUGUUCCUGAACUUCUUACAAAGCGUGCAGAGGCAAAUGGAAUUGAUGUGAAGACCAUUGAAACGUAUAUCGACUCUUUCAGGUAUGGAGCACCUCCACACGGGGGCUUCGGAGUGGGAUUGGAGCGGGUCGUUAUGCUCUUCUGCGGUCUCAACAAUAUCAGGAAAACCUCUCUUUUCCCUCGCGAUCCACUCAGAAUCUCCCCGUGAGAACAGAUUCAGUAAUGCUAUUCUGAUCAGGUCAUGCUCAGACGUACAUACAACGGGCUCGGCUCAAGUUUUCACUAUCCGGUGCGUAUGAACUCCGCAGAUUACAGCGCCCUGGGAUUUCUAACGACCAUCUUGCUAAUAGGAAAUAGUCUUAAAAAGCAAGUCUUGAUUUGUUUAUGAUCAAGAGCGGGUCUGGCUAUACGUUAUACAUGUUUCUCUUUUUCUUUUUGUCAUCAUCAAUACAAGGCUUUAGAAUGUUUGAAUUUCUA